GGGUCCCGGACUAGAAAGGCGCAGUGGCGGGGAGGGGAGGCUGGGACCAUGGGGCUCCUGACCAUCCUGAAGAAGAUGAAGCAGAAAGAGCGGGAGCUGCGGCUCCUCAUGCUCGGUCUGGACAAUGCGGGAAAGACUACCAUCCUGAAGAAGUUCAACGGGGAGGACAUCGACACCAUCUCGCCCACCCUGGGCUUCAACAUCAAGACCCUGGAGCACCGAGGGUUCAAGCUGAACAUCUGGGACGUGGGCGGCCAGAAGUCCCUCCGCUCCUAUUGGCGGAACUACUUUGAGAGCACGGACGGCCUCAUCUGGGUGGUGGACAGUGCUGACCAGCAGCGCAUGCAGGACUGCCGGCGGGAGCUGGAGAGCCUCCUUGUGGAGGAGCGCCUGGCAGGAGCCACUCUCCUGAUCUUUGCCAACAAGCAGGACCUCCCUGGGGCUCUAUCCUCUAAUGCCAUUCGAGAGAUCCUGGAGCUAGAUGCCAUCCGCAGUCACCACUGGUGCAUCCAGGGGUGCAGUGCAGUGACAGGAGAAAACCUGCUUCUGGGGGUUGACUGGCUACUGGACGACAUCUCCAGCCGCAUCUUCACUUCAGAAUGACGCCCCACCCCCCCAGCCCAGCCCCAAGCCGCCAGCUCCUGGACUGACCGUGAAGGGCGGCCCCUCCAUGCAUCCCUGGCUCCUGCAGACCAUCCCUGUGUCCUGAUCCUCUCUGGCCCAGGGCCCCGCGGGGAGCCAGGACUGGAGGGGGACGGAAGCCCGUGGGACCCCCACUAACGCCUCCUUCCCUGUGUCAUAAGCAGAUGCUGCCUGCGCUGUUUAACAGGAGAGACCCUGCUGCUCUGGGGGAGCACCUUCCUCCCCGGGGAGGAGCGGCCCCCGUCCCCUAACCCCUGUCCCUCCUGCAGCGCUUUGUCUGUGGAUUGGUGGAGGAGCAGGAAGAGCUGCACCUGCUCUCGAGGGCCCUUCCUCUGCUCAGCCCUCGGAAUAAAAGCCCUCUGUGCCCCUGG